GGACUAUUUUAAUAGUAUAUUAAAAUAUUUAAUUAAUGACGACAGCGCCUUGUAUUUAGUUCGUCCAUACCUUCUAAUUUAUUUCUUUCAUCGAGGUUCAUUGGUCAAGCUUCAUGUAUAAUACGGUCAAUUUCAUUGGUCAUCAUUACGUAUUUAAGAGGCCCGCCGGGGUUUUCGCGCCAAUUAGUAGUUUCUUUGUCAGAAGUGUCACAAGCAGAAAAGUUUUAUAGUAGUAGUUAAUCAAAUUAAGAAAAAAUUAUAAAGGAUUUUUAACUGGUUGCAUUUAUAAAACGAAGAUAAUGUAGUACAAAACAGGAGGAAAUUGUGGAGUGUUAUUUAGGGAACGAACAUUGAUGUCCCAAGAACUGUAAGAACUUUUGUUUUAAAUUUGUACGUUGUGCAAUAUCUGUUGAAAAGCACUCAACGAUGAAUAGUGAUAAGUUGAGAAAAGGCACCAGAAAAGAUUAUAAACGUAUGCAAGAAGGCCCCGCAGAAGACGAGUUGUCGUCUAGCAGUAUGCAAAUGGCUACCGGCGAAAACGAAGGACGGGCCUUACCGGCUUUUACAUCACCAGGAAAAAUCGGUUUGAUAGAAGAAAUUCCUGAAGGUCCAGAAAUCGCUUCAGGAUAUGAAUCUGACGAUGCGGAGACGAUGAAAAAAGAACUAGCGCUAUUAGAGCAAGAAGAGAGUAGACUGCGAAAGUUGAACGAGAAGGCAGUGCUACGCCAGAAACUGGAGGAGAAACGAGCGGAAGUGAAGAAAUUACAAGAUGUUGUUCGAAGAGUCGUUAUAUUAGGAGAUUCAAUUGUAAAGUUUUUACCACCGAUCGAGGGAGUUACUGUGCAGUCCUUUCCAGGAGCUACAGUUGGUAAAUUGUCAUUCCUGGUUAGCAAAAAGAGAGUUAAUUUAUAUGAUAAACAUUUUAUCAUUUUACACGUGGGUACCAAUAAUAUCAGUAACCAGGAUUCACUGGCUUCUAUGUCUUCCGAUUUCUCAAAUCUGAUUGCCGCAAUUAGAACUGAGAAUCCUUCUAUUCGUAUAAUAGUAUCUUCAGUACUUCCUCGUCCGGUGGAUCAUGAGAUAACAGAAAGUUGUAUAAAAGAAUAUAACCGCUUUUUAGAAGAUAUUCUAGCUGCUGAUCUAGACUUUAAGUUUAUUCGCUCAUACAGACCAUUUUGUUUUAAAGGUUCUGUGAAACGUUACUUGUUCGCUAAAUUAGACGGAGGCCUUCAUUUAAAUUCUGAAGGUGCAAAUCGGUUAAGACAUUUCUUUUUGAGAGUUAUUUCGACUCUUUCAUAAAAUCAGCAGUCUAAAACUAAUACAGUAUUUGCAAUCCUUAAUUACAACAUAUUUGAAAUCUUUUUGGUCUCAAUUGUAGAUUUCACAGUCUCAAGUCAUUGUUAUUAAGGUAAAGAAGAACUGUUUCUUAAGUUAUUGUUUUGCUUUUGCUUUGUUUUAUUGGCUGUUAUUUGGCGGGUGUUAAUGGAAUUUGGACAGUUUAGUUAAACACUUGAACUUUACCUUACAAAUGGAUUCCAUUUCCAUAAGUUGAACUUGUGAUUAUUACUAAGUAAGCAGUUGUAGCUUAUUUAUAAUCUGUCUUUGUUUAUUGAAUCAUUUGAUCAAAUAUAUUUUGAAUUGUGACACAUCUUAAGAUCAUUAAAUUUAUUAAUAUC